AUGGACGGUUAUUUCCGGUUGAAUAUGAAGAGGAAGGAACUUGAGGACGUCAAUAAUGAAUUCUCAGAUUUCUCCCUUUCGUCUCCCGCUAGAAAAACUCGUCGACUGGAUGUUGAUUUAUUGCCCGUAAUAGAGGAGGAGGAAUCUGAAAUUCCAAUGUCGUUUGAACAUUCAGUACCGGAACAGAGAUUAGUAGGGAAUACGGAGGGUUUGACUAUUGGCGAAUUGCCGAGCUUACCGGAGAAUCAAGAGAGGUCCCUCGUGCUUUUCAAUCCUGUGAACGCGCCUCUCGUGCCGUCCCCUUCAAAUUUCUCGAUUUUUGUAAAUCCCGACCUGAUUUCGGGGUUGAAAUAUAAGGUUUUGUGGUCUAGCCAAUUAAACAACUGGAGAUUAGAGAGCAAUGAGAUUGUGACAGAGAGUGAGAAUUCUGGUGCAAGUAACAAGUGUCUGGCUGUUGUUCCGUGGUUGCCAUCACAUAAUUAUUCUGAGCCGGGUUUUGAGGUUCCUCAGACAGAUAUGAUGGACCCUGAAGAAGUAGGGGAGUCAACAAUGGAUAUUGAAGCUGACAAUAGACUGGCUUUGAACAUGAGUCUGGUGGAAUGA